UUUUCUUCACUAUAUUUACCAUGCUAUUGCAAUGCUUGCAACAACUGAACUGCCUCCUCUCCGAGCGCUGCACUAAUUUAAACACAUAUUUCCAAGGUCAUACCUUCUACCACUCACGACUUCAAGGUCACAUUUCAAGGCCAUAUUUCGAUUCAAGGUCACAUUUCAAGGCUAUAUUUCAAGGUUGCAUUUCAAGGUCAUAUUUCAAGGCCAUGUUUCAAGGUUACAUUUCAAGGUCACAUUUCGAGGUUAAAUAUGCGUUCAAGGUUGGCUCCCAAGGUCGACUCUCAAGGGCGUUCUAGAAC